AUGGGUGUUACAAAUCCGGGAGAAACAUUUAUUGUGGCACAAUUAAUGGGUACAAAGACUGCGUUAAAUGAAUUUGUGGCCUAUAAACAGCUUGGCCAGCUAGUCAAACAAGAUAAACUUUCGCCUCGUUCUGCAAUGAUAGCUACCUAUGCGUUAUGCGGCUUUUCAAACUUUACAUCCAUCGGAAUCCAACUUGGGACACUUGGGGGAAUGGUCCCCUCCAGAAAAAGACUUUUAUCCCAAUUAGCAUUACGCUCCCUUUUGGCAGGCUGUAUUUCUUGUUUUUUGACUGCUUCUUUGGCCGGUGUAUUAAUCGACCAACCCAUCCUAUGCCGUCCUCAGAAUGAAAAGGAACAUUGUUUUGAUGUAAAUAAAUUUAUUUAA